AUGGGUAAUUUGUGUCUUAGAAAGAAAGAAAAAUCCUAAUAGCCCUAGGUAUCUUAUUUUUUUAAAAAAAGUACAAUAUUGCUGAUGAAAAUCAUAUCACCUAUACCCCAGCUACUUUGGAUGAAUUGGAAAAAAAAAUUAAAAUUGAAUCAUAAGGUAUGUACAAUUACCAUAUUUUAGAUGACAAUAGCUCUGGUAUCUAUAUUAUGUAUUUCAAGAAGCUUUGAUUUUGAAUGUUGAUAAUAAAUAAGACUAAUUUUCAUAAGGAAAUAACUAAGCUACAAUUCAAAUUCUUAAUGAUCUAGAUAAGGACACUCAAAAGCUUAUUAAACAAGGAGAAUUAGCUAAAGCAGAAUUAUCAAAAAUUAAAUAAUAAGUAAGAAUUACACUAGUUUUAGUAAUAUGAUGAUGCUGUUUUGAAUAUGGGACAACCAUCAUUAUCAUAAAAUCUUCUAAACAAUCCAAAAGAAAAUGAUGUAUAGAGAGUUUAUAUUGAAGAAGUAAGAAAUAGAAAUUAAUAAAAGGUUUAAAAAUAUAGAGAGAACUAAGAAUAGGAUGAGAUAAAUAGAAAAGAAUAAGAGGCAGAAUUAUUAAAAUAGUAAAAGGAGUAGUAAAUAAGAAUAGAAUAAGAAAACGAACGAAAAAGACAACUUUAAUAAGAAAGAACAAGAAUAGAGAAAGAGAAUGAAAGAUAAAGAUAAAUUUAAAUCGAAUAAGAAAAUGAAAAAAUGAGAUUAAAAUAAAUAGAGGAAGAAAGAAUUAGAUAGGAAUAAGAGGCUGAAAGAUUAAGAUUAUAAAAAAAAGAGGAAGAAAGAAUUAGACGAGAAUAAGAGGCUGAAAAAUUGAGAUUACAAUAAUAAGAAGAAGAACGAAUUAGAUAAAUACAAUAAGCUGAAAAAUUGAGAUUAUAGUAACAAGAAGAAGAACGAAUUAGAUAAGAAUAAGAAGCUGAAAAAUUGAGAUUAUAAUAACAAGAAGAAGAAAGAAUUAGAUAAGAAUAAGAAGCUGAAAAAUUGAGAUUAUAAUAACAAGAAGAAGAAAGAAUUAGAUAAGAAUAAGAAGCUGAAAAAUUGAGAUUAUAAUAACAAGAAGAAGAAAGAAUUAGAUAAGAAUAAGAAGCUGAAAAAUUGAGAUUAUAAUAACAAGAAGAAGAAAGAAUUAGAUAAGAAUAAGAAGCUGAAAAAUUGAGAUUAUAAUAACAAGAAGAAGAAAGAAUUAGAUAAGAAUAAGAAGCUGAAAAAUUGAGAUUAUAAUAACAAGAAGAAGAAAGAAUUAGAUAAGAAUAAGAAGCUGAAAAAUUGAGAUUAUAAUAACAAGAAGAAGAAAGAAUUAGAUAAGAAUAAGAAGCUGAAAAAUUGAGAUUAUAAUAACAAGAAGAAGAAAGAAUUAGAUAAGAAUAAGAAGCUGAAAAAUUGAGAUUAUAAUAACAAGAAGAAGAAAGAAUUAGAUAAGAAUAAGAAGCUGAAAAAUUGAGAUUAUAAUAACAAGAAGAAGAAAGAAUUAGAUAAGAAUAAGAAGCUGAAAAAUUGAGAUUAUAAUAACAAGAAGAAGAAAGAAUUAGAUAAGAAUAAGAAGCUGAAAAAUUGAGAUUAUAAUAACAAGAAGAAGAAAGAAUUAGAUAAGAAUAAGAAGCUGAAAAAUUGAGAUUAUAAUAACAAGAAGAAGAAAGAAUUAGAUAAGAAUAAGAAGCUGAAAAAUUGAGAUUAUAAUAACAAGAAGAAGAAAGAAUUAGAUAAGAAUAAGAAGCUGAAAAAUUGAGAUUAUAAUAACAAGAAGAAGAAAGAAUUAGAUAAGAAUAAGAAGCUGAAAAAUUGAGAUUAUAAUAACAAGAAGAAGAAAGAAUUAGAUAAGAAUAAGAAGCUGAAAAAUUGAGAUUAUAAUAACAAGAAGAAGAAAGAAUUAGAUAAGAAUAAGAAGCUGAAAAAUUGAGAUUAUAAUAACAAGAAGAAGAAAGAAUUAGAUAAGAAUAAGAAGCUGAAAAAUUGAGAUUAUAAUAACAAGAAGAAGAAAGAAUUAGAUAAGAAUAAGAAGCUGAAAAAUUGAGAUUAUAAUAACAAGAAGAAGAAAGAAUUAGAUAAGAAUAAGAAGCUGAAAAAUUGAGAUUAUAAUAACAAGAAGAAGAAAGAAUUAGAUAAGAAUAAGAAGCUGAAAAAUUGAGAUUAUAAUAAUAAGAAGAAGAAAGAAUUAUGUAAGAAUAGACUUAAAACUAAAGUUAAGUUUAACCUUAAGAGUAAAUAAUUAACAAUAAUUUUAAAUUUACAUGGUAGUGUAUGUCUAAUUAUUUUAGGGUUUAAGGAGGUAGUAAAGUAUUUUUAACAGGCAGCUGGUUAAAUUGGACAGAUAAAAUCGAAUUAUUAUAAAUUGAUAAUAAGUAAAUUUAGUUUAAUUUUAAAGAUUUGAAAUUGAUGUAUAAUUACCCUUGGGUAAAUAUGAAUUCAAAUUUAUUGUAGAUGAAGAAUGGAAAGUUAGCGACUAAUAUGAUUAUAAUGGUUAAAAUAAUUUCAUAAUUAUUUGA